AUGAAUAAAUAAACCUUGAUAAAUUCUAAAAGAAAUUAUGAAAUAGAAAAAGGAUAUUUGGCAAUCAAAUUUAAGUAACCAAUUUUUUAAAUUGUUAAAAUAAUUUUAAAUCUUUCUAAAAAAAGUUCCCACAAAAAAAGUAGCUCUUUAAAAAUGGAAGCUUUUCAGUACAUUUCGUGGGCUUAGCUAAGGUAUCUAAAGAUAUCUUUGAACUCUGUAACAGAAAUUAAGAACAUAGAUAUAAGUGUUCUACAAAUGGUAAUAAGUUAAGCCACCUCACUUAAAACUCUCAAAAUAAAAUGGAACUCAACAAUGGACUUACAACCUGAAUGUGUUGCUCUUUUAUUCAACGUAGUUAUAAACUGCAAAAAUUUAAAAAGACUUGUUUUAAAUUUUAACUUUAGUAGGCUGCAAUAAAGUGUAUAUUAAUUACUUCCUUAAUUUUUAGUUAAAUUAGAUGACUUAGAAGAUCUAUCUUUACAUUUUAAUUCCUGCAACUUAAACUCCGAUGAGUGUUAAUACAUAAGCACAGCAAUAAGCUAAUGUCCAAAAUUGAGAACUUUAGAGCUGAAUUUAAACUUUAACAAGAUUUGUAACUUAAGUCUGAGUUUACUUAUUUAAUUCUUUAGAUCCCUAAGAUAUCUCAAAUCAUUAAAUUUAAUUUUAACAAAAAACUAGAUUUCUGACUCAGGGGUAGCUUAUCUGUUCUAGUAAUUAAAGGAUAUUAAGAACCUUAAAAAGCUUUUCUUAAAAUUAAAUGGAAAUGACAUAACAAAUGACUGUGCUAAAGUAAUAUCCAAGGGAUUAAAUAGCUGUAAUAAUCUCUUGUAGUUUUAAAUGAAUUUACAAUGUACAAAAUUCUGCUUAAAGGGAUUCAAAAAUUUUUCUGAAAACCUUAAUAGUAUGCUAAAAAUUAAUUAUUUGAAAAUUAUCUUAGACUACCAAGAUAAACCUAAGAAUUACCUUUAAGACCUAAUGAAAAAACUAACCAAUGUAGUUAAGUUAGACAUUGACAUUUGA